AUGUUCAUGGCGUCUUCUUCUUCGUCUUCCACUCGCACCUGCACAUACGAUGUUUUCCCGAGCUUCAGCGGGAAAGAUGUCCGCAAAUCAUUCCUCAGCCACUUUCUCGAGAACCUCCACCGCAAAUCAAUCGACACAUUCAUAGACAACGACAUCUACAGAAGCCGCCCGAUCGGGCCUGAACUUUUAUCGGCGAUUAGAGGAUCCACGAUCUCAGUCGUUGUGUUCUCUGAGAACUACGCCUCUUCCACCUGGUGCUUGGAUGAAUUGCUAGAGAUCCACAAGUGUUACAAGGAGUUUCAUCAGAUGGUGAUACCGAUUUUCUACCAAGUUGAUACUUCUGAUGUUAGAAACCAAACCGGAGAGUUUGGCAAGAUCUUUGAAGAGACCUGUAAGGGCAAAUCAGAAGACGUGAAACAACAGUGGAUUCAAGCUCUUGUUCAGGUAGCAAGUAUAGCCGGAUAUGAUUCUCAGAAUUGGAGUAAUGAAGCAAUCAUGAUUGAAGAUAUCGCCAAGCAUAUUUUAGAUAAACUUAUCACACAAUCGGAUUGUUUUGGGGAAUUUGUUGGGAUUGAAGCUCAUAUUGACGCAAUGAGUUCAAUCUUGUGCAUGGAAUCCGAGGAAGUAAGAAUGGUUGGGGUUUUGGGGGCUUCAGGGAUUGGUAAGACUACAAUAGCUAGAGCUCUAUACAAUAAACUCUCUAGCCAAUUCCCCUAUCACGCUUUCUUGGCUUUUGAGAGAAACAACAGGGACAACUAUGGCAUGAAGCUGAGCUGGGAGGAACAACUUCUGUCAAAAGUUCUUGAUCAAAAGGACUUGAAGAUAAGCCAAUUAGGUAUGGUGAAAUAUUGGCUAAAGCGCAAGAAAGUUCUUAUCGUUCUUGAUGAUGUGGAUGACAUAGAGCUGUUAAAGACUCUGGUGGGACGACCCGGAUGGUUUGGACCUGGAAGCAGAAUUAUCGUGACCACUAAAGAUAGGCAACUUCUCAAUUGUCACAAGAUUGACAAUGUUUACGUGGUGAAGUUCCCAUCGAGAGAUGUAGCUCUUCAAAUGUUAUGUCGAUCUGCUUUUGGUCUCGACUCUCCACCUGAUGGUUUCGCGGAGCUCGCAGUUGAGGUCGCAGAGCUUGCUGGUAAUCUCCCUUUGGAUCUCAACAUCAUAGGUUCGUCUUUGGGAGGGAUGGACAAGAAGGAGUGGAUGGAGAUGAUGCCUAGGCUCCGAGAUAGUUUGGAUGGGAAAAUCGAGAAAACGUUGAGAGUCAGCUACGAUGCGUUAGAUGGCAAAGAUCAAGAACUGUUCCUUUACAUUGCGUGUUUACUCAAUGGUCGUGACGUCAACUACAUCAGAGACGUGAUCGGAGAUAGCGCGAAUAUGGGGCUGAAAAUGUUGGCUGAUAAGUCCCUCAUACGUAUAUCAUCAGUGUUCCAAAUUGUAGAGAUGCACAGUUUGCUUCAAAAUUUGGGUAAAAUGAUUAGUCGUGGAGAGUCUUUUUGUAAUCCUGGAAAACGCCGGUUCUUGGUGGGUGCUGAGGAUAUUUGUGAUGUAUUUACCGAUGAUAUCGGCACGGAAACUGUGCUAGGCAUAUCUUUUAACACAUCAGAAAUCAAGGAGCCGUUGCUUAUAGAUGGAAAAUCAUUCCAGGGGAUGCGUAAUCUCCGGUAUCUAGAAUUUUACGACGGCUCGUGGGGGAGUGGUGAAAGCAUAUUGGAAUUUCCUCAGGGCCUCGCUUAUUUGUCCCGGAAACUCAGAAUACUAUAUUGGCAUAAUUGCCCGUUGAGGUGUAUGCCUUCUAACUUCAAGGCCGAGUAUCUGGUUGAGCUAACAAUGAGAUAUAGCAAGCUUGAGAGGCUUUGGCAAGGAACUCAGCGACUUAAAAGUCUCAAGAAGAUGAUUCUGUUUAAUUCCAAAAACUUGAAAGAAAUCCCCGAUCUUUCUUAUGCCACGAAUCUCGAGGAAAUGGAUCUUUUCAGCUGCGAAUCUUUGGUGAUACUUCCUUCCUCGAUUCGGAAUCUCGGUAAACUUACGGCGUUAGACAUGGGAAGAUGCUCAAAGCUCGAGGCUCUUCCAACUAAUGUCAACUUGGAAUCUCUCGAACAACUCAAUCUCCAAGAAUGCUUUCGGUUAAGAAACUUUCCUCAGAUUUCAAGGAACAUUUCAAAGCUUUAUCUAGGUCGAGUUACAAUAGAAGAAGAAAGUUCUUUUUGGGUAGAGAAUAUGUCAAGGCUCACUGAUCUCGUUUGGGACUCUUGUCCACUGAGAUGUAUGCCUGCUUACUUUCGUCCAGAAUAUCUAGUUUAUUUAUCGAUGAGAGAUAGCAAGCUUGAGAAGUUAUGGGAAGGAGCCCAGUCUCUUGGAAGUCUCAAGGAGUUAUCACUGUCAGGAUCUGAAAACUUGUCAGAGUUUCCGAAUCUUUCAAAGGUUACCAAUCUCGAGAAAUUGUAUCUUGAUGGUUGUACAAGUUUGGUGACGGUUCCUUCUUCAAUUCAGAGUCUCAAUAAGCUGGAGGAGUUGAGCAUGGAAAAAUGUUUGAGGCUGAAGGCUCUUCCAACCAACGUGAACCUGAAAUCUCUCAAGUUUCUCUAUCUCAGUGAGUGCUCGCGGUUGAGAUGUUUCCCUCGGAUUUCAAGGAGCAUCGAAAGUCUCUAUCUCGACCACACGGCGGUUGAAGAAGUUCCUUCUUGGAUCGAGGAUUUAUCUGAGCUCACUACACUCAUGAUGAGAGGUUGCUGGAUAAGAAACAUCUCUCAAGACAUUUUUAGAUUGAAAUGUCUAAAAGUGGUAAACUUAUCUGACGCUUUAGUCGCAGAGUUUUGUGACGCAGGUGUGCUGGCAAGAACAUCACGCACCGUACGUUAUCUGGUAGUACGGUUCGCAUAUUAUUCUCUUCUUCAUCGGAUAUUUUCUCUAGUGUAUAGAUUACUCGAACAGUCCUUAUUAAUAUGUGACGCGGUAAAAAAAAUCCGAGGCAUCUCUGACUUCUUCUCCAAUCCAGAGGCUCGUCUUAACUUCGACAACUGCCUAAGUUUGUAUGGAAGUGCACAGACAGUCAUCCUACAAUCAGAUUACGAGUACGCGGUCUUACCAGGUGGGGAAGUGCCUAAGUUCUUAACGCAUCGAGCUCGUGGAAGUUCCUUAUCUAUUCCUUUCCCUGAGAGCUCUCUUUCUGAAGAAUCUGUAGGAUUUAAGGCUUGCGUCGUGCUUGAGCCUCCGAACAACCCAAGGUUUAGGUUAUCAUGCGUUGGGGUGUACUGCUAUUUCAGAGGCAGCAGAUAUGACGUGCAUUCUUUACACUUUGACAGGGAACCGACUCAGAUGGAACAUCUGCUUAUGUUUCACUUUUCGUUCCCUACACAAGAACUAAUUGAUUGUGCAUCUGAACUUGACCUGGACGACAUUGUUUUUUUCUUUUACUACCAUAUGUAUGAUUCUCUCAACAGAUAUAAUUCUGUUUCCAGCACAGAAACUGGUACAUAUUCAGUCCAGAGGAUAAAAGGAUGCGGUGUUGCAUUCUGCUCCAAAUCUAGACGCUUUUGCACAGUGGCUAUUUGA